AUGAUGUCCUAUUUGAAGCAGCCGCCGUACACGGUGAACGGACUGAGUUUAUCCUCAGGAGUGGAUCUGCUGCAUCCUUCAGUGGGAUACCAAGGAACCCCUCGCAAACAGAGGAGAGAGAGGACGACCUUCACCCGGGCCCAGCUCGACCUGCUGGAGAGUCUGUUUAACAAGACUCGGUACCCGGACAUCUUCAUGAGAGAGGAGAUGGCCUUAAAGAUCAACCUGCCAGAGUCCCGAGUGCAGGUAUGGUUCAAAAAUCGACGAGCCAAACAUCGCCAACAGGCCCAGCAAACCCAAGGUGGAGUGCAGAACAAGGCAGUCAGCAAGCCGGUGAAAAAGAAAAGCUCUCCGGUCAGAGAGGCCAGCUCAGAGAGCGGAGCCAGCGGGCAGUUCACGCCGCCCUCCACCACCUCCCUCCCGGCUGUGAGCAGCAGCAGCAGCGCGGCACCACCGGUAUCUAUCUGGAGCCCGGCCUCCAUCUCCCCGCUGUCCGACCCGCUGUCUACCUCCUCUUCCUCCUGCAUGCAGCGCUCCUAUCCCAUGGCCUACACCCAGGCCACGGGCUACAACCAGGGCUACACGGGCUCCUCGUCCUACUUCACCGGGAUGGACUGCGGCUCCUACCUUUCGCCUAUGCACCAUCAGCUACCCGUCGCGGGCUCCACCAUGAGUCCCAUGGGCAGCAACGGGGUAUCCAGCCACCUGAGCAACGCGUCUUCCCUGUCCUCGUCGGCGUACGGCGCGGCGGGGCUGGGCUUCAGCGGCGCCGCAGACUGCCUGGACUAUAAGGACCAAACAGCCUCCUCAUGGAAGCUCAAUUUCAACGCGGACUGUUUGGAUUACAAAGACCAAGCAGCGUGGAAAUUCCAAGUAUUGUGA